AUGGCGUCAUCGAAGGAAACCUAUUGUUUGUGUGGUCAGCCGUAUAAUAUUGGACAGUUUAUGAUAGAAUGUGACUGUUGUCGUGAAUGGUUUCAUGGAAGCUGUGUUGAUGUAAAAAUAUAUCACUCUGACGAUAUAGACAAGUAUCAUUGCCCAAAAUGUGCCCAAACUUAUGGACCUUCUGUAUUAAAAAUUCCCACAAACAACCACAGAGCAGAUCGUUACGAAUUAAGUGCGGAAACACGACCCUCUCAAGUUGGUUCACCGGCAUGGGUCAGAGCAUUAGCUGCAAGACCACUACGCCCAGCACCAGCGGCACUUCAGAGAAUGCGGGGCCAUCAGUUCACAGAGGAGUUCAUCAAAGACAAUGGUUUUACGCGUCCAGUGAUAUUCCAUGCACCUGAGGGCCUGGAUAUGAAGGUGCCAAACCCUGCCACAUUCACAGUGAGAUCAGUGUUGAGGUUCUGUGGAGCACAGUUGGAGGUUGAAGUAAUAGAUGUACGAAAGCAAACAACAAUGCGGAUGCCCUUAGGAGAUUUUGUGGACUACUUUGAAACACCUCCGGAACAUAGGGAUGAGAAAGUGCUUAAUGUGCUUAGCUUGGAGUUUUCUGAAACCAACAUGGCGCCGUUAGUGGAGCCCCCUGCUGUAGCCCGGAUUUUGGACUGGGCUGAGCGUGUUUGGCCCGGAGCUGCUGACGGACCACCAAAGCCUUGCGUUCAGAAGUACUGUCUCAUGUCAGCGUCUGGAUCCUAUACAGAUUUUCACAUUGAUUUUGGUGGGACCAGCGUUUGGUAUCACGUGCUGCAUGGGCGUAAGAUAUUUUACCUGAUACCCCCCACGUCAACAAAUCUGGCACUGUAUCAACAAUGGAGUCCAUCAACUCAUCAAAAUGAACGCUUCUUUGGUGAUGCAGUGGAAUGGUAUGGUACAGCGGAAGUAUGCGCGGGGGAGACACUAUUCAUACCGGCUGGCUGGAUCCAUGCCGUGUUGACUCCAUGCGAUUCACUGGUUUUUGGUGGAAACUUCCUACAUUCUUACGCAGUUGAGAUGCAGUUGCAGAUCCACGAAAUCCAGAGUCGUGUAGAAACACCGCUUUGUUCCAGAUCAUAUGAAAUCGAGGGACGAGCAGACACCCCUACCAUGCUCAGAUACCCACUGUUUGAAGCGAUGCACUGGUAUGCUGGGGCAUAUUUUCUCUCAAUGCUGAGGAGAUACAACGAGGAGUCUAUGGACGAGGAGUUUACGCCUGGUGAGGUGGUAUCAAGUGGCGGUGUGGUGGCACCGGCUCCCCUGCUACUGCGCGGCGCACGCAUCCUGGCCGCCGCUCUCAAAGAAUGGCACGCGCUCAAAGCGACGGAUGCAACGAAACGAGACAACGUACCAAAGUGCCUCAACUCCGGCCAACUUGUGCGGGAACUGUCAAAGGAGCUGAGGACUUUGGAGAAGAGGACUAUGAGCGCAAGCAAGGAUAAGGAUUUCAAACCGAAAAACCAUUCACCGAGUAAAAGCUCAAGGAAACAAUCUGCGUCAAAAAAAUCUCUAAAGCUAACCUUACCAAAGCCAAUAAUGCACAUGGCUCAAAAUGGCGAUUUCGUUGAUGAGAAAGUAUACGCGGACAAACUUUAUAUAGAAAAUAAGGAAGUCGUAUUUCAGGACUCCAGAUUUCAGGAUCCAAGAUACGUGAGCACCGACGUAAAGUAUACCAAUGGGUUGCCAGAAGCGAAAUACAUUAUAGAUACUAAAGAGACCGUGUUGCCUGAGAAAUAUACCUUUCAGCAUUACGAAGAACCAGUGCAAGGGUAUCAUGAUGGAAAUGGUUAUGUGGAGAGACUGGAUAAAAAAGUUUUGAAGGUAAAAAUGAGCAAUUCCCCAUCAUCAUCUCGUGAUGAAGCACCACCACCCUACAGUUUACCCGAGCACUCAAUACUGAAGUCUCAUCUAAUCAGAUCAGAGCGAACAACUUUGAAGCCCAUACACCAAUGGACUAUAUCGAAGAAGGACAUUGGAGACUACCAUGAGGAACAGAUACUGUUUACAAAUGAGAAUUUGCAAACUAACUUAAGGAUAGAGGGUCAAGACUUGAAUUAUGGACCUGGAAUGUACUCAGCAGAAGAUAUUCAGCAAGACUAUCAGUACUCGGAGGGUGCAAAGCCGGGCUCCUACCAGCCUGAGUUUGCUUACCAGCCUGAUAUACCUUACACAACUGAGUAUCAUCGGUAUGAUGAAGCGGUCACUGUGCCAGUGCAUCAGACGGCCACAUACAGUACAGCGGGUGAGAGCUACCACCAGCCAUUGCCGUCCUACGAUGCUGCCGUCGCUCAACAGUAUGCAGCAACCACCUAUGUGCCUGAAACCCCCAAACCGGAAGUGAACACUCCGUCAACGGGAACACCGAGUGUGCGUCGUUCAGAGCGAGCGGUGAGGAGACGAGUCUCCAGCACGUAUGACUACGAGGAUGGGGAUCUGUUCAUCGAUGACACACCAACUCCCAGGAGGCGGAAGGCGCCACCGAAGCAUAGGCCGAGCUCUUCAACUCUGGCUGCAUCCAACAGUAGCAGUUCGAGCAACUACAGACAGUCCAGGCCAGCUCCGGCUAACGGCAUCGAAUCCCUCAUCCAGGCAUCCGUGUUGGCUGAGGAGGAACAGCCCGUGAAUGCUACCGAGGACGCAGCGGUGGCGGGCAUGCUCAGCAUCAGCGAGCAGUACGCUGCACCCUCGCGGACCUUCGGGCUGGCCGCGGACUCGCAGCGCGCCCCCACCACUUCCAGGCACGAAACCACUACAUCAAAUGGUAAGCGGGCGCGGAAAUCUACGGCAGCAGUUAGCAGCGCUGAAGAGGACUACGCUGAUGAAGAGGAUGUCAUCAAAGAGGUCCACAGGGAUGAAGAGUAUGUGUAUCCAUCAUUAGAAAUGAGCUCGGACGAUGAUGAGGAGUGGACUUCUUCACGGCGGCGGAGAAAUUCCCGGAAUAGGAAUGACGGGAAGACAAAGAGUGAUAAGGACGAGGCGUGGUCGCCUCGAGCGCGUGUGGGUCGCGUGGCGCCGAGGCUGCGCGGGCCGCCGCGCCCCGCCGUGCGCCGCGAGUGCGUGCGCGCUGCGCUGCACGCAGCCGCGCACGCGCACGCGCACCCGCCACAGGCAGCGCACCCGCACCCGCACCCGCCCGUGCAGGUACGUUGUACACACGUACACACACGUGCACACCGCGAGUGCGUGCGCGCUGCGCUGCACGCCGCCGCGCACGUGCACCCGCUACACGCAGCGCACCCGCCCGUGCAGAACGCAAAACGCGCCGUGUUGGCGACGAAGAGCACGCGACCGCCGCCACCCGUUCACAACACACCAAAUAACAAGAGUAAGUGUGCAGAUAUAAGACUGAAAAAGGGUAUGAAGACGGCGAAGCAGCGCCUCGGCAAAAUCCUCAAAUUACACAAAAUGAUAUAUUAA